CAGCCUUCCCUCUCAAGGAACUUAUCCUGUGACUUUAUUUGAUGAACAGGGACCCCUGACAGCUCCCCCAUUCCUUCUUCCUUCAGUCUGCCAUCUCCUUGGAUGGCUCAAUUGCUCGCUGGCAGGCGCACAAGCUCCACAGCAGGUGGGAGCAUGAUGACAGCCCUGGCCCUGCAGCUGGUUGGGCUGGCACUGUCUAUCCUGGGCUGGCUGGGCUCUAUUUUGGCCUGUGCCUUGCCCAUGUGGAAAGUGACGGCUUUCAUCGGAUCCAACAUCAUUGUGGCACAGGUCUUCUGGGAGGGGCUGUGGAUGAACUGUGUUUAUGAAAGUACUGGACAGAUGCAAUGUAAGGUCUAUGACUCCCUACUUGACCUACCAGCAGACCUACAAACUGCCCGGGCCUUGGUGGUGGUCUCCAUUGCCAUGUCUUUCCUGGCUCUCCUGAUUGCCAUCUCUGGAGCAAGGUGCACCCGCUUCGUAGAAGACCCAAGUACUAAGGCCAAAGUUUUGAUGAUAGCUGGUGUGGUCUUCAUCCUAGCUGGAAUGGCGCUCCUCUUUCCUGUCUCCUGGUCAGCAAGGAACAUUGUCAGCAACUUCUAUAAUCCACUCGUUCCUGAGGCCCUGAAGAGAGAGCUGGGUAUUUCACUUUACAUAGGUUGGGCAGCGAGUGCUUUCCUGAUCCUUGGUGGAGGCACCUUCUGUUGCUUCUUUCCUCCAAAGGAGGGAAAUAAAUUCUAUCCAGUGAGAUACUGGACAGGAAGACACCCUUCUGAGAGCAGCUAUGCCCGCAAAGACUAUGUAUGAUCCUUCUUGGAAAAGCUACGCCUCUCCUCCUUACUCCAAGCCUUGAGAAAGGAGGAUUGGCUGGUGGAAAGGACUCCUCUGAUGCAAUGAUGUUACAGAAUAUAAAUCUUGAGAUGCCAAUCGCCUGUCAGGCCUGUCCACACGGAGCCCACAUUGACAUGACAUGUGACACCAAGAGAAAGUUCACGCCAGCCGUUUGUAACAUUUUUAUUCGACAAAGCAGCAUUAUUUCAUGGUACGUGACAGUUUCCUCAAAUGAGUGCUGUGGUUUGAUGAUAUGCCAAGAAUUGUAUCAGAAAGAUAAGUUAGCUCAGGCUUUGGCAAUGGGUUUUUUUUUGGUCCAGUAGACAUAAAUUUAAGAGCAUGAUGUAAGGCUUGGCUAGCUCUGAAAUUGUUGGGAGCUGAGUGGCAUACAAAUUAGAUAGAUAUAGAUAGAUAGAUGAAAGAUGAGAGAUAGAUAAGGCUGCCACAGUAGAUGUGAAUAGUCAUCAAAUGCCUUUUGUUUAACACCUCAACAUUUCUUCUUGCAUUUUUGUCUUAGCAUCUUCCUAAGACUGAGAGAUAAAUUUUGGAGAAGGGGAGAGAAAGAGCCAGAAGUUAGUGCCUGAUUUUGCAGCUUCCAGUGUAGGCUGUAUUGGGUAGGAUGAGGAUUCUGCUUGAUGCCAAGAAGUUCCUUGGCAUUAGGCUGCCUACCUCCGGUCUGGCCUUUUAGAUAGUAAGAGCUAUCCUGAGCCCUUCAGGUAUUUUACUCUACACACAAAUUAGGGCCUUUCCCCACUCCUGAAGCUACCAAUCUUUGAGUCAACAGAAACCUACACCAGCAUAACAUUUGCUGGCUUAAUUAGGGUUACACCUCCUGAAAAGUCAAUUGGUGCCAUGUACAGGUAGCCCUUGACUUACGACCACAAUUGA